UCGUGUUAUUGUAUACGUACCCCAUUUCACAGUCCUACAUGCGCUCUACGCAAAAUGACGGCUCUAGUUGCUACGCCUCCCACCCUUCCCGGGCUCGAUAAGGCUUUGGAGAUCCAGGACUUCUACAGUAGCUGUGCAUUGUAUGAAGUCUAUGUUAGAGGUUGAGAAAUUUGCUGACGUUUGCAGAUAUAACGAGCUUCUAGAUGACUCUGAUCAGCCCCCGGUCGCGCAAGAGCAUAUAACGAACCUAGCGGAGAUGUUUGUCCGUCAUAACGCUGACAAGAUCCUUGGAAUCCACCUGAUCCACGGUCAUUUCAAGAUACCUGAGGAAACGGUCAUGCUUGGGACCAAUGUGGAAAGCCUCUCUCUUCGCUGGACUAAACCCACCCACAUUGAGAAAAUUAACCCCACCAGUGUUCAUGGACAUAUCUUCGCCCUCACUAAGGAUGGAAUGUGUGCUUAUGAACUGCAGGAGGGCCCUCUUCCGGACAUGUCUAAAGUUGGGCUGCAUUUCCUUGACGAAUUCAUCGAGUAUAUUGUCCAGAACAGUCUCACAAACCUCAUUGGCCUUCAAGUCCUUGGGUGCGAUGAAAACUCCAUGUCGGAACUCAUUCUGGAGCAAGGAACUGUUAUGUUAAAUUCAACUUGCAUCAAGAACACUGUGCCAACCCGCAUCACAGGUUGGAAAUUUGAGUCAGUUAAUGGAAAGGCGCGUGUCUGCACAGCAAAUGAGACACAUGCGGCGACAGUGAAAGGGGUUCACCAGAUUUUCCGGGCAGGGAAACCUCAUUUCAUGAUUGAAAAUACAGAUGACUUAAAGGCUGCUCUCGCCGAAGCCGGAGUCAUUUAAUCCGUUGAGCCACUAGGUGGCCCAUGCUAUUUUGGUCAGCUCUUAUCAGUCGUUUAUAUCCUUGCACCAUUCUUCCUGUCUCGCCAUGUGUUCUGUACAUCUCGCCUAGUUGCGACAUUGUGAGCGUCGCAGUCGAGAGACUAGGGUACUGUCAAUCGACUGGAGGAGGAGAAUGAGUUACAGGAACGUGUUUUAUGUGGCUAUCUGGGCUAGCUCUCUGUAGGAGGAGGAGGAGGAGGAGGAAGAAGAAGAAGAAGAAUAGAGAAGGGCCCAGCUGAAAGGAACCAACGCGAAAGCGAUGCCUACAGAGUCUCUAUAAGAAUUUGAAACUAGCAAUUGACAGGAUCACAUGAAAUUUGGACCAUCUUGGUCUCAACCCUUUUAAAC